AAUAGGCCUCGUUGUCUUUAGUACGGCUUACAUGGUCGCUGCAAGGGAGAGGCUCAUCCUCAGCUAAUGAAGUCUAGACACUAGGGGAAAAAAAACGGAAAUGUGUGGGGGGGAAUGGGAGCAAAUUUUCCAAGGAAUCGUGUCUUUUGAACCCACUUGAUCCCUCAAGAAUUUGGGGAAUGAAGAACAACCCUGUUGUGCCCUAUUGGAGGCUAAUGUCUAGUUAGCUUAGUAAGCUAGACUGGCUAACUGUGACAAUUUUACAUGUAAAUUGUGAAAAGGGGGGGAUAAAAAAACAAACACAUUCCAUGUUAAAAUUUCAAAACAAGUUGACCGGUUCUUGGUUAAUUAGCCUGUUUUCCUUCUGUUAAUGUCCAAAUGCUAAUUUGGCUAAUUGUGAAAAUUAGCUACCUGGUUAAUUAGCCAUAGUGACUAAAAGUGAAUCAUUUGUCAAAUUGGUAGUCAAUUAUUCCUUUGAAUUGGAAUAAAAUUAGCUUUGUUUAAGUAUCCAUAGAGGAAAACAAUGAGAAUAUAUGGGAGUAAAAUCAAGAUAAAUAUAAUCAUUUAAUGGAUAGCAACAUAUUGAGUGCAUGUUUUCUAGUUUUUAGAUUUAUAUUUUACAACCUUUCUCCAUCAUGUGGAAACAACUGUGAUAUGAUGGUGUCCAUCCAAAGGUAAGUUUAUAAACAUUUUACCAGUGUGUUUUUUUUUUUUAAUGUAACAAGCUUUUAUUUCCACCACAGCGCCAUCUGCUGGGUCUAAUGGGGCUGCUGUUAACUUGCCCCAAAUGCAUAACCACCAUUGAAAGACGAGGGGGAUGUCUGCUGUUUGGCAGGGGUCAACCAGUCCAAAGACCACAAACCGCCCACCCCAACGUGCACCAGCAGAGAGAGAGAGAGAGAGAAAGAUAGAGCAAGAGCUGCGGCUGCUGAACGCUCCGUGUCGGAUGUCCGGACGGCCGCUUACCCUUUAGCACCCUCUAGUGGUGUGGAGGAAUGAAGGCGUCUUGAUGAAGGCCAUGGAGCUGAAAGUGUGGGUGGACGGCGUGCAGCGUAUCGUGUGUGGUGUCACCGAGUUCACCACGUGUCAGGAAGUGGUCAUCGCGCUCGCUCAAGCCAUCGGCCGCACAGGCAGGUACACCUUGAUUGAAAAAUGGAGGGACACGGAGCGCCACCUGGCACCCCUCGAGAACCCCGUGGUUUCUCUCAACAAGUGGGGCCAGUACGCCAGCGACGUGCAGCUCAUCCUCCAGCGGACCGGCCCGUCCGUCAGCGAUCGGUCCCCCUCGGACGGGCUAGCCCGCGGGUCAGAGCGCGCCUUUUACCGCCAGAGCCUGCCCCCGCAGGCCAAGUUACACCCGUCGGCGGCGAAUCGCUCGCUCAAGCGCAGGGAACCCAAACGCAAGUCUCUGACCCUCAGCGCAGGAGCGAGAGGUCUGCGGGAGAUUUUUGGAAAAAGCCGAGACACGGAAGCCAAGCACUCCCAUCAGCGCGGCGUGAGUUUAAAUCUAAAGCGAGUCGGAGGUGGCGGCGGGAGCUCCUCGAUCCCGGGCAGUCCGGCCCGAGAACUGAGCAGACUGGUGCGGUUGCAGAGAGACAAACUGCAGGUUUUGGAAAGCCGCUUGCUGGGUUGCGAGGCCGAGUUGCGGGAAUGGGAGGAGGCCAGCGAGGAAGGAAGCCUGGAAGAGGAGCUGCUGCUUUUGGAGCAGCAGGUGAGGAGGAACGACGCCGAGAUGGACGAGGAGGAAUUCUGGCAGAACGAGUUGCGUAUCGAGCAGGAGAGCGAGCGGCAACUCCAGCAACAGCUGGCCGAGCUGCAGGCCCGCGUUCGUGACUGCGAGGCCGAUCUUUCGGAAUACUUAGCACGCAUUCAGAGCAUGGAGAUCAGCCUGGAGCAAGAACGGCUGUUGCAGGACGACGAACUGAGUCACAUGAUCAAUGAGGAAGAGGUGGAGGCCGAACUGGAUACGUUGACAACGGAGCUGGACGUGCAGAGCCAACACACGGCUCGCCUGGAGAACGGCUGCAGGGCGUUGGAACGCUCCCUAGGCCAGUCCGGCAAGAGACUCCAGGAGAAGGAGCAGGAGCUGGAGCAGCUGACUAAAGAGCUUCGCCAGGUCAAUCUCCAGCAGUUCAUUCAGCAGACAGGCACUAAGGUCACCGUACUGCCGGCUCAGCAACCUACAGGAGACGAGGACAACAACAAUGAGGAAGAUUGCAGCUCUUUGAGACGUCUCCUACCCAGCGACCUACGCUCCCUGCAGAGCACCACCACCUCCGGAUUCAACCCCGAAGGCAUCUACGUUUGAAAACCGGUAACACAUAGACAUUACUGAUGUCACUCAAGUGGAACUCUACUUCAUCUUUUCUGGGCUACCUUUAGGACUUCCAAGUGAUGUCAAUACAGUGCAUUUGCAACUUUUCAUAUCUAAUCUAUUCAACGACUGUAUAUACAAACAAAGACAUACAAGUAAGGCCAGCAGAUGUAUUUUUGUUGACUACAGGAAUGUUUUUUUUUCUAUCGGAAUGCUAAAAACCAUCAUUAGAGAAUCUUAUCAGGAUGUCAACAAUGCAUAUACGCACGCGCAUGCACAACCAUUGUCAUAUAUUUGAUUGCCUUAUUGUGAUGUGUUGAAAGCGCACAUCAAGUGAACUCGAGGUAGCUAGAGUCACAUGGUUUUGGAAAAAAAAAAGUUUUCACACCAAUUCAGGGGAAUUCUUAACCGUCAAGUUUUAUUUUGUAUUGAUUUGAAGCUUGAAGAAAAAUGGAGGCAACCAGGAAAAUGAUUGGUUCUGUUGUGCAUCAAAGAUUUCGUUUCACUCCAGUUAGGUUUGCAAAGCCUGAGAUCCAUUAAUCUCUGGUUUUUUUUUUUUUUUCCUCCCUCUCCCCUCAAUCUUAACACUUCAUCCUCGAGUUCAGAAACGAGAGUGAUUGAUGAUGACUAAAGGCAUUUUUACCCUGUAGGCGUGAACAUCCCAGAUUGGCCACUAGGUGGUAGCAAAGUCAAGAUUAUACAGACUACAUUUUUUGAACGCUUUUAAAAAAAUGUAUGCAUCAAAUUGCAUCCCGUGUCUCUCGUGAUGACUCAUGCAGGGACAAUGUAGUGUUUUUACUCUAACAAAAGAUGUCGACUAUGAACCAAAGCUAGUGUGAUCAAAUAUAAUAUAAAAGGUUAGAAGAAUGUAUUUUUUUAUACACCAGGGAAAGCAUCCACUUAGAAAUCCAGUAUUGUAUCGUAGUCGUGACUGACUGGGGACACUGUAAUUAAUUUACUAAUAAGAGAAUAACGGCAUGCCUUACUGCGAGGAAAGUCGAAAACACAUUCAGUGAAUAGAUUUCAUCAUAUGCAAAAAAAAUACAAAAUAUUUUGCUUUGGAAGAUGUUUAAAAAAAAAUGAAGCCGCAGCGAAGCUGUUUUUUUCCACAUGUAUAUGUUGGUUUCUGUUGUGCCAUCGAUAUUAAUUUUUAAUAAAAUUUGCAAAUACCA